AUGAACCGGGCUCUUUUCUCGCUCUGGUGCUGCUGUUUCUAUGGAUGUACUUUAGGGACCGGUUUCCUCUAUCAAUUCCCAGCCUCAACUCUACAGCACAACUACCCCGAGCAGAGUUCAGGGUCUCCGGGCAGCGGAUUCGCCAACCGCCGGCACUGGUGUCACUACACAGUUACACGGACAGUCUCCUGUCAAGUGCAGAAUGGCUCGGAGACCGUGAUCCAGAGGGUUUAUCAGAGCUGCCGGUGGCCAGGACCUUGUGCCAACUUAGUGAGUUACAGGACUCUUAUCAGGCCCACGUACAAAAUGUCUUACCGAACGGUGACCACCCUGGAGUGGAGGUGCUGUCCUGGGUUCACAGGGAGUAACUGCGAAGAGGAAUGCAUGAACUGCACCAGACUAACUGAUAUGACUGAGAGGCUAAACACUCUGGAAGCCAAGAUUCUUCUGCUCGAGUCUGCAGAGCGUGCCCCCACUUCAGAGAAUGACCUGCCAAUCGCCAGGACGACAGCCACAUGGUACGACGACUUGCUCCCAGAUGCUAUUCCCCUGGUAAAUCCUGGGACCGUGUUGAGGAAGCCGGUGGGACCAGCUGGGCUACCAGGGCAGAUUGGGCCCCCAGGCCCAAUUGGACCAGUUGGACUUCCAGGACCACCGGGACCAAAAGGAGACAGGGGACAAACUGGCGAGAGAGGGCCAGCAGGGCCACCAGGGCUUCUGGGACCUCCAGGACCAAGAGGACUUCCAGGAGAAACUGGGAUCCCAGGACCUCCGGGACCUCCGGGGCCACCUGCCACCCCAGGCCUUCCGCUCCCUGUCCAACAAGGGGUUCUCUACUCUCUGCAGCCCACAGCAGAAAAAGAAAAUGGAGAAUCCCAGCUGGCUUCCACCAUCAUCGACACGAUCCUGGCUGGCUUGCCAGGCCCACGCGGCGCACCAGGGCCUGUUGGGCCACCAGGACCCCCAGGCACUUCAGGACCCAAAGGACCCCCCGGACCUAUUGGAGUUCCUGGAUCACAAGGUGUACCGGGCUCUCCAGGACAGCCUGGACCGAAAGGUUCCAAAGGAGAUCGAGGAGAAAGAGGGCAAGCAGGUCUGUCUGGAGAGAGGGGCAAUAAGGGACUGCCUGGUGAACCAGGCAAGAAGGGUGAAGAAGGAGAUAAAGGGGCUGAUGGAGAAGGAGUUCAGCAACUUCGAGAAGCCCUGAAGAUUUUAGCCGAGAGGGUGUUAAUUCUCGAGCAUAUGAUAGGAAUUCAUGAUUCUUUAUCUUCCAUGGAACCGGGCUCAGGGCAGGAAGUGAUCCUAGGCUCCUCUCUACGAAGGAGCAUCAAGAUCAAACGUGGUGGUCCCGAGCAGCGGCCCCAGCCCUAUCAGAUCCUCGCUUCGCUGCUGGAGGACACCGAAGCCAAAAGGAAAAGCAACUGA